GUCAAAGUCAAAAAGAGAUUUAGUUGCAUUAAAGUAUUUUUCUAUUUUAUUAAUUUAAAUUAACGUUUAAUCACAAUGAUCCGCAAAGAAAACAUAUCCAAAUUUAUCGAAUUCAGUUUCACUUAUCGUCAAUGAUGAAAUUAUUUACACGCAGGUUUUUAAACGAAACUAGAAAAGUAGGCUAUUUUUAAAUAAAGUGACUUCAUUGAGACAGCUCGAAAAAAUGAAUCGCAAACGCAAAUCCGUCUUUAGCGAUGUUUACAGCAGAGAAUUCAACAACAAGAUAAACAUUUACAGUACUGCAAAAGAUGACGAAAGCCUCGUUCAACGAUUGGGCUUACUAAAAAAGCUCCAGAUCCACCAGGGUUGCGUCAACACCAUUUGCUGGAACGAUUCUGGUGAAUACAUACUCUCCGGCUCGGACGAUCAGCAUUUGGUCAUCACCAACGGCCACAAUUACAAAGUAUUAGCGAACCACAGCACUAAACACCACGCUAACAUAUUCAGCGCCAAAUUUCUACCGUGCACCAACGACGAACAAAUCGUUUCGUGUUCGGGAGACGGCAUAAUCAUUCACACCGAUUUGAACCGCAACGAUGGAUCGUUCGACAAGCUGUUCAAUUGCCACGCCGGCACCACCACCUACGAAGUCAUCACCAUUCCCAACGAGCCCUAUUCGUUUUUGAGUUGCGGCGAAGACGGCACCGUCCGGUGGUUCGAUUUGCGGUGCAAGAGCAGUUGCUACAAGCCCCGCUGCAAGGAGGACAUCAUCGUGUCCUGUCAAAGGGCCGUCACCGCCUUGGCUCUGAGCCGAACGGCCCCCUAUCAAUUGGCCAUCGGCUGCGCCGAUUCCUCCGUGAGAUUGUACGAUCGAAGGUGUCUGAGCACCCAAACCGGCGACAACGCGUUAGUUCAGCCUGUACCGUUUUGCACGUUCGUGGCGCCGCAUUUCGGCAACGAGAGACACUACAGAAUAACAUCGUUGAGCUAUAGUAGAGACGAGCGAGAUAUGCUCGUUAGCUAUUCUUCGGAUUACCUUUAUUUGUUUAGCGUUUCGGAAAACACCGUGACACAACUCAAAAAGCCGGCGAAAAAAUCGUCUCCUUGGGACAAAAUCAAGGCCGUCGCCGGUAAAAGAGAAAGGAUGUCGCCGAUACCGGUCAGGCGGUUGAGAUUACGAGGCGAUUGGUCGGAUACAGGACCCGAUGCUCGUCCCGAACGCGACAACGCUUCUUCAGUUAGUUUGGGCCAGGCCAGGCCGCAGCUCCAGGCCACUCUGAUGCAACGCAUGACGGACGUGCUGUCGCGCAUGUUGAACGAUCCCAUGACGAGGGCGGCGCUGAGCGCUGGCGGCGAAGAUUCGGUCGACGCCGACGAAAGCGCCCGCGGAAAUUUGGAAACCAGAAACGCCGCCGAAGACGCGCCCGCCGCGCCGGCCGACGUCGAAGUCAACAAUCCAGAACAAAGCGGAAACGCGCCGACGAAUCCGGAAACGGACUCGUCCUCGCCUCGUACGGGCAUCACCAGCCACCUGCACAACCAUUUGACGGCGUUGCGCAAUUUGCGCGAGGGUUUCAUCGAACAGCACGGCGCCGAGCCGUCGGUGAGCUUCAGAUAUUCGCAGCAGAGCACGUCGAAUUCGACUAUCAGUCUGCGCGUGAGCAACAGAAGAGAGGUGGACGAGGACGUCGCGACGGCGCCGUCGACGUCCGAACGGGAGGAGAGCAACGGGAACGAACCCGCCGAGGAAAUGGCUACGGACGUCGAGUUAGAUUAUGACGAGGAUGAGGAGCCCGAUGCGGAGGAUAAAGUCGAAGAGAAGCAUCCGAUAUACGAAGCUGAGAUGAAAAUGAAGUACACCGGUCACAGAAACUCUAGAACGAUGAUAAAGGAGGCGACGUUUUGGGGCGACGACUACGUGAUGUCGGGUUCGGAUUGCGGGCACGUGUUCAUUUGGAACCGGCACACGGCCGAUUUGAAGAUGCUGUUGCAGGCCGAUCAGCACGUGGUCAAUUGCCUGCAACCGCAUCCGACUCUGCCGAUUCUGGCGACCAGCGGGAUCGAUCACGACGUGAAACUCUGGGCGCCCAUUCGAGAGGAGACUUCUUUCGAUGGCAAAACGGCGGCCGAUUUAAUUACAAGAAACGCUAUAAUGUUGGAGGAAACGAGAGAUACCAUUACCGUACCGGCGGCUUUUAUGAUAAGAAUGCUGGCCUGUUUGAAUCAAAUUCGCCGCGUGGCGAGGUCGAGGACGAAUCGGAGGAGGGAAGACGAGCCGGAGGAUUCUUGAAUCGCAGAGAUGGUUUAUUUUAUUU